CCUCCCCCUCCUUCUGUAUUUUAUGUACUCUUUGGCUUCUACAUCGUCGGCCAUUUCAUUUCCGUUCGGAAGAGUUAGAAGUGCAUUUGGGUGAAAAUGGGUAAGCCCCGUGGUAUUCGUACUGCUCGUAAGCAUGUAAACCAUCGGCGAGAACAAAGGUGGGCAGAUAAUGAUUACAAGAAAGCCCAUCUGGGUACCCGGUGGAAGGCCAAUCCUUUUGGUGGCGCAUCUCACGCGAAAGGAAUUGUACUUGAAAAAGUAGGCGUUGAGGCUAAACAGCCCAAUUCUGCCAUUAGAAAGUGCGUAAGGGUUCAGUUAAUUAAGAACGGAAAGAAAAUUACCGCAUUCGUACCACGUGACGGCUGCUUAAACUACAUUGAAGAGAACGAUGAAGUUUUGGUUGCUGGAUUCGGCCGAAAAGGACACGCUGUUGGUGAUAUUCCUGGUGUAAGAUUCAAGGUGGUGAAAGUUGCCAACGUAUCUCUUCUUGCUCUGUAUAAGGAGAAGAAAGAAAGACCAAGAUCAUAAUAUUAUGUCUGUUUGAUGAUGUGUAUUAAAUAAAUAAUAUUAAAACAAAUGUGUUUUGUCACCUUAUUCUUUUAUACUUUAUUGAUCCUGCUUCACUGCAGAUGUUUGGGCUCCAAUACAGUUAUCACCCUAGGAGGUAUGAAGAAAAAUUUGUUUUGGGGUGAAAAUUAACUACACAAGGGUCAAUUCUAUUUCAAUUAUGUCUUGCUUUUCA